AUGGCUGCCAUGGGUUUCAUAACUGGUGACAGCGAGAGAAAACAACUGUAAGAAAUGUUUAAAAUGGUGUUUUAGGCAAGAUGUAUAGUUGUCACGAUGGCUUAUUCUGCUUGUGUUCAUAACUAAAGUUAAUGUAAAAAAUAUAUAUAUGUAUGUAUCGGCGUCGAAGCGCCGUUAGCGCUAGACAGGCUGUUUCAGUAGUAGCUAGAAGAAAUCCCCCGUCUGUAAGUUAACCUAGCUAGUUAACGUUAUUUAGCUUGCUAGCUAACGUUAUUUAGCUAUCUUACAAACCAAUGUCAUAGUUAUGGAGCAAUACUGGACAAUGUUAUACUUAUUGAAUCGGGUGUGCUUGUUCAAGACUAGAACACAAUUUUGAAACGACUGGGGGUCCCAAAGGAAAGGUCUGAGAAACACUCAAGUUGCACCACUAACAUUAGUAGUUGUGGAAUAAACCAGCAAUAGUUGUCAAAUGAACCAAUUACAAUAGACCUUUUCAGUUGACUAAUCAUUACAUUACCCUUUCCUAUAUAUUUUUUGUUCGCAGGGGAGAAGAAGCAGAGAGCUCAGAGAGGAGUGGCAAUGAAGAGGAAAACGAGGACCUGUCAGUUGAAGAGGAGGAAGAAGGAAGUGCCGGGAAGGCCGAAGCCAGUUCCUUGAAGCUCAGCGUCGCCGUGAGCUCGGCCAAGGCCAAGAAGAAGAAACACAAGCACCGCAGCAAAUACAAGCGACACAAGCACUCCUCCCCCGAGGACAAGGAGCGGCGCCACAAGCACCGACACAAGCACCGGCACAAGCGUAAAGACAACCCUUCGACCGAUGUCUUCCCAAACUGUGGCGAUGACAACACUUCCCUGUACUCCUCCUCCUCUGCCAAGCAGCCAAGACUGGAAGAUGACGAGAUGGCGUUUCUGGAGAAACAGAGGGCCCUGAUCCAAGCUGAGCUAGACGGUGAACUGACUGAGGGGGGCAGGGGGGUACAGUCGGGCAUGGGGCUCAUACUCCAGCGCUACCACUCUGGGGAGGAGGAGGAUGGGGAGAUUCAGGUGGAAAGGGAGUGCAACGGGCUGCACUGGCAUAUAGGGGCAACAGGUCCUGGGGCCGGCUCAGGCUCACAGACCGCUAAGGACACCGGUAGAGUACGGCGAGAGUCGACAGACGCCGGAAAAGCUAAGCAGAGCAAUCCCAAUAAAAAUGCCAGGAAGAGCAGGACAGACGGGAAGACCAAGGAUCGGAUGAGAGGACGGAGCACGUCCAGGGAUAGAGACAGCAGAAGACAUUCCAGGAGUGCAGAGUGCUUCAGGUCUGCUCCUGGCACUAGCAAGCAGCCUUCCCCACCGGCUCAGAGCAGAGGAGCCCAAAACCAGGAGGCCCAGCGGCAGCACCCGCAAGUCACCCGAGCACUCCCAGGACUACAAGGUCAGGUGGCCAGAUACGGAAGGGGACAAGGACAAGAAGGUGACCAAGUCCCCCGCCAAGGACGCUUCCUCUGGGAAGGAGAACCACUCUCCUGGCCUGCGAGGGAGGCCGUCAGGCCCCGCCCUCCAGCUGCAGCGCAGCACGUCCCCAUCACAGCGUCAGGACUCCCUGGGCUCAUCCUCAGGCCCCCAAGCAGCCGAGCGAAGGGCCAGGUCACCGCCACCACCCAGAGGGGGCCACCCACGCUCCCCGGAGAGUCGAAGGAGAGAGAUGGACCGACUGAGACUCUCACCUGGCAGGUCAGAACAUUGUUCGGCCAAAUGUCAAUUCCAAACACACACACAUCCAUUUGUGUUCAGUACAGAUAAACAGGUGCUAUUGUUUUCGAGGAGAUGUAUCCUCUCACAACCAGGUACAGGGUCCACAAAUUAAUUUACCGGUAAAGUAUUGUGAAAAAAACAUUAGCUCCGGUGUUGUAACUCUCCUCCCGGGAUAGGCUAUGAGCAUUGGGAUGGGAAGCCCUGGGGUAUAUUAAUUAGUGCACACUGUAGCAACAGACAUGUUUUGCAACAGAAAACAUUUAGCAAUGAAAAGUAGCGUUUCUUAUCAGGCAAGUUCAGGUGAGACCUCCCCAUUUCGUCCGGUUGCUUCCAUUCGGUUUCUAGUGAAUACACCUCUAGUAAUGUGGGGGGAGGGGGAUACUUGCAAUAUCACAGUUAUUGCAAGUAGACCCUUGACAGCUAUCAGCAGAAACAGUGCCAGUAAGAAAAAAACAAGUGCAGAUGUUAGUGCAAGAAAGACAAGUACUUCAUUGCCAUAUGGGAGGUAGCGCUGUACAUGUCGUCAUGCCGCAAAAUUCCAAACCAAACAUAGUCCAGUGUACAUCAUCCCCACAUUGAAUCCUGUCCAAAUUCAAUCAGACCCACUUUAGGUAAUGCAUGGAUAACAUUGAAUGUGUAACCCCUUGUCCUGUUGUCACGUGAUCUUCAGGAUGUGGAGCCAGGAUGAGGCAGGGGUCCGCAGGGACGCCAGCCCGGCCCUAGGCGCCCGGCGACGGUUCAGCCGCUCACCUUUCAGGCGGAGAUCUCGCUCUCCCAGGAGACGCAGCAGGUCCCCAUUCAGGAGGAGGUGGGUGGAGAACAGGUUCAAAAGUGUUUUUUUAGUGUCCACAUAGGUGCAUGUCUCAUUAUCUGUAUAACCCCUACCUGUGUUAUGUAUUUGAGUGUAAAACUACAGAUAGGUCACUCUAGUCCUAUUCUCUGUUCAAUGAAGAUCUGCUUACACUGAAAUGUCAUUCUUUAUAUUCAUCUUUAAAUACAAUAAAAAAUUUUAUAAUGGAGAGAGUGUUGCACCUCACCUAUUUUGGGGUUGUGAAAGUUUUGGGUUACGAUAGUUCUAUUAUAAGGUAUUUUGUUAUUCUUCAAGAUUCAGUGGUAAUAGCUAUAUCAUUAAUGGAAAUGACUGUUGAACAGCAGGAAGUCUUCCAUGUUGCACCUGUAAGAUGCUCAGGCGUUUGUUUUUCUUGGCUCUUUUCCAUAGGUCGUUGGAUCGGGACAGGAUGGGACGGAGGCCGCGGUGGCGUUACAGAUCCCAGGAGAGGAGAUGGAGCCGGGACAGAGAGGACAAGUUCAAGGGCAGCCUCUCGGAGGGAAUGAGGGCCGACAAGGAGGACUCUGAAGAUGAAGUGUAGGCAGAGUGUAGUCCAGUGCACUAAGGAAUUUUAGUUGCUUAUACCCUAUGAAAGUGAUGUCAUUCUGCGUCAUACUUCCGGGUCAUGUCCCCAUAUCUUUUAAAUGGGCUUGACGAUUAUAUCAUCAAAUUAGUGGAAACUUAGUCUUUAAGGUAUUAUAAAAUUAUAUUUGUGUUACUUCUGUCAGAUGCCUUUUAUAAGUUUUGUCUUGAAAACCAUUCAAAAAGCCUACAAAAGUUAAAAAACUACAAGGUUUCUUCCUGGAAAAUGACAGAUCACUUUAAUAGGGUAUUGCUUACCUCAGAUUUUGGCUUAAGUGUUGACUGUAUGGUUCAUACACAUGAUUCAACAUUAAUCCAUUUCAGUGUCAUUAAACCACACCAUUUUGGUUUUAGGGCAGGCUAACAAGUUUUGGUAAUAUAAGCUUUUGUUCAUGUGUGUGGGGAGGAUGACCACAUUGUAUGUAUGUGUUGAGAGUUGACGUGGUGUUUCCUGUCCAGGGUGGAAGAUUACGAUGUGGAUGAGGAGGACGAGGAAGCUCUCAUUGAACAGAGGAGGCUACAGCGCCUGGCCAUCGUCCAGGUGGGUGAUAAGACCUCCAUAACAUCAUCAUCAUCCUUGCUGCACAGACCUUACUUUAAACAGAUCCAGAAACAGCCAUUUAAUAUGCCAUUUACCCUCUAUUAUUGGCUAUUGUCAUACACUGCAUGCACACAUGGCUCACACAGGUGUUUGAUUGUUAGUUCAUCGUGUGUGUGUACGUGUUUGCGUGCCUGUGCUUGUUAUUCAUGCUUACAUUGUGUGUGUAUCUGUGUUCCCGUGAACAGAAGUACAAGGGAGGGAGGGUGGAUAGUAACAUGUCGGAGCCCGGCAGCCCCCUGAGCAGCCCGCGCAGCCGCUCGCCCUCGCCAGACGACAUCUUGGAGCGUGUGGCGGCCGACGUCAAAGAGUACGAGCGGGAAAACGUGGACACCUUUGAAGAAAACAUCAAGGCCAAGCACAACCUCAUAGAACAGGAGAAAGACGGUACACUGGUGUGUGUGUGGGUUCCUCAAACCUGUGGCAAACUAAGACAUAUGAAAUACUUUCAGAUACUUGAGCCACGUUUGAUUUAGUUUGCUCAGUACAUUUACACAAGUAUGUAUUGAAAGUAUUUGACAUAUGCAUUUGACCCAGGUGCGUGUGCGUGUUUGUGUGUCAUGCUGAUAGAAGCUCAUGCUGGUACAUGAAUCAGUAGUGGGGAUAGAAAAAUAAUUUGUCUUAUUUUGCAUGGCUUCAGACUAAUACUAUUGAUGGGGAUCGAGUUAGAAAUGUAGUUCCAAAGUCCAUUGCUCAUUAUGUCAAAUCCUAAUGUACACUAUGAAUUCUUCUUAAUAAAUCAAAAUGCUUUUACAGUUUUAAUAAUAACUUAUAACUGUACUCCCUUUCCCUUUCUAUCCUAGAAGGAACCAACCCCCAAAAAACAUCCGCCCCUGAUAUGUUCACCGAAUCGGAUGACAUGUUCGCCGCCUACGAUGUGAGUACUCCUCCUGUUGCUAUGAUUCCAUUGCGUUGUUCCGAUUCUGACCACCAUGACGUGUACGAGCCUUCAACUUUUAAAUGAAGUUGUCUAUGGAAUAGGAUCCCAGCAGAUAGAGUUGCACAGUGUGGUGUCCGGGUCGCCUUUGUAUUACUGUCCAAACAAGCUUCUGUCAGUGGGUAACUGUAAACCGUGAAGCGUUUUCUCUGGUGACUUUUCUGUGAGAACUGCAAGUUCGAUUCAGAGUCUGACUUUCACGUAAAUCAUUAACUGAGGUCAGUGGGGAACUUGCACAAAAGAUUGGCACGUCGGUCUCAAGACAGAAUAUCACCUCAAGUGGCUGAAUAGGUUUUGUAUUGCAGCCUGACAGUCAGACCUGGGUUCAAAUAGUAUUACACUGAACAAAAAUAUAAAUGCAACAUGUAAAGUGUUGGUCCCAUGUUUCAUGAGCUGAAAUAAAAAAUCCCAGAAAUUCUUCAGACGCACAAAAAGCUUAUUGCUCUCCAAUUUUAUGCACAAAUUUGUUUACAUCCCUGUUAGUGAGCAUUUCUCAUUUGCCAAGAUAAUCCAUCCACCUGACAGGUGUGGCAUAUCAAGAAGCUGAUUAAAUGGCAUGAUCAUUACACAGGUUUACCUUGUGCUGGGGAUAAUAAAAGGCCACUCUAAAAUGUGCAGUUUUGUCACAACAUAAUGCCACAGAUGUCUCAAGUUUUGAGUGAACGUGCAAUUGGCAUGCUGACUGCAGGAAUGUCCACCAGAGCUUUUGCCAGAGAAUUGAAUGUUAAUUUCUCUAGAAUUGGGCAGUACAUCCAACUGGCCUCACAACCACAGACCACGUAACCACGCCAGCCCAGGACCUCCACAUCCGGUUUCUUCACCUGCGGGAUCAUCUGUAAUAAAGCCCUUUUGUUGGGAAAAACUCAUUCUGAUUGGCUGGGCCUGGCUCUCCAGUGGGUGGGCCUGGCUGCCAAGUGGGUGGGCCUGGCUGCCAAUUGGGUGGGCCUAUGCACUCCAAGGCCCACCCAUGGCUGCACCCCUGCCCAGUCAUGUGAAAUCCAUAGAUUUAGGACCUAAUUAAUUAAUUUCAAUUGACUGAUUUCCUUAUAUGAACUGUAACUGAGUAAAAUCUUUGAAAUGGUUAUUCUAUGAGUGUUUGAUUGAGCCUGCUUGUGGCGCCAGAUGGAUGGGAUUUGCGCUUUUGGGACUAUUCAUUUGGUUCCAUUGCGCCAGGCAAACUCAAUCAAGCACAAUUAAUAAAGAUAACUUAUUACUUGAAAGGAGAAGAGAAAAAAACGUUGAAAAACCAUUGUUUUUAAAAAACUAAUACUAAGUGAUUUGUGGUCACUGCAGAGUGCAAGGCUUCGAGCAGCAGGCAUCGGGAAGGACUUUAAGGAGAACCCCAACCUCCGAGACAACUGGACAGAUGCAGAGGGAUACUACCGUAAGUCAUAAAGCUUCUUCCUUCCUUUGUUCCUUCAGUUGUUUGUUUGAUUGUUAAUUCAUUAAUCACUCAGAGUGAAAUGUUUUGGUUAGAUCUAUUCUGUUGUACGUCUGCAUUUGUGCACAAUUGUGCAUUUGUAACCUACAUUAUCCGUCAAAAUUGUUAGAAUAGAAGGUCCCCUAUUCAUAAGCAGUUAGCUAAUACGUUCUGUCUUUUGAUGUUUGACAGGACUCAAUAUCGGGGAGAUACUGGACAAGCGGUACAGCGUGUAUGGCUACACGGGCCAGGGGGUGUUCAGCAACGUCAUCCGCGCCCGAGACGUGGCCCGUGCCAGCCAAGAGGUGGCCAUCAAGAUCAUUCGGAACAACGAGCUCAUGUGAGUGCUAUGCCUUUGUUACAUGGAAGAGGCUUGUAUUUUAUAUUUUGACAGGGGUAGCCACCUUCCUCCUGGAGGGAUAGGUGUGUAGGCUUUUGUUCUAUCCAGGCUCUAACACACCGGAUUCCACUAACCUCUACUUCAUUAGCUGAAUCGGGUGUGUCAGAGCACGGCUGGAACAAAAGCCUGGGAUGUAUUCAUUAGGCUGAUUCCGUUGCAAAACGUUUCAUCUGUUGCAAAAUGCUUUGCAACGGAAAACGUUUACUCCAAACGGAAAACGUUUUCCAAUGAAAACGAGAGUUUCUAUUGGACAAAUUCAUGUAGGUCCCUCCCCGUUUCGUUCCGUUUAUUUAUGUUUGGCUCCUAGAGUAAAUGGUAAACUGUUUCCGUUGCGAAAUGUUUUGCAACAGACUAAUGAGUACACCCAGUAGCUCUCCAGGGGGACCUGUCCUACUGGGACACCAGUGUGUCCGUAACUUGACACUCAUCCCAGUGAUCUCUCUGUCCCAACAGGCAGAAGACUGGGCUGAAGGAGCUGGAGUUCCUUAAGAAGCUCAACAAUGCUGACCCAGACGACAAGUUCCACUGUCUGCGCCUCUUCCGACACUUCUACCACAAGCAGCACCUCUGCCUGGUCUUCGAGCCUCUCAGGUACACCAACAAGGCCUCUGGCACCCAUAGAUUGAGUACAGUGUUUCCCCUUUCACUGUAAAGGCAGUAGGGCUGACCCCAUUUAGUUGAGUGGUCGAUAGGCUGUUGGUUGACCGAGAUUUCUUUAGUCGAGCAAUAGCAUGGUGUACAAGACACCUAUCUGAUUCGCGCCUGUCUGAGUGGACUAAUCCAUUGUAGGUGCCGUGGGGAUGGCACAGUCCAUCACUCUAAGACAUGUGCUACUGAAAUUAUAUAUGGUUAUAUUAUGUAAGAACAAUGGUGCAACACUAAUAAAAAUUAUAUUGUUUUAUAACAAAUGCGCUUUUCCCCGCGUUGGAUAGCUGUCCGGUUCUGAACGCAUCAGUGCGCUGUUGAAUUGGCGCCUUUUCCUAGACCAUGUUGCUAUGUGCAUAAUAGCAGAGUUAACCAGCAUAUUGGUGUUGAGGACAAUGCAGUAGAGGCAGCAGUGGAGUUAGGUGAUGAGAAAACAGCCCUUGCCUUAAUUGUCUAAGAAAAGUGAGGAGAGAGGAAACCCCAACUUAAUUAGGUCUAUAAUCAAUAGCCUAACUGUUAAAUGUGCCUGGCUUUAUAAAUCAUUCAUAUAUACAGUGUCUACAGAAAUAAGACAGAUCCUGCUUGUGUUGCCUGUUUGAGUGUUUGUUUAAUAGCCUACUGAUUCCGUGAGCACCAAGCCUCACGCAACCACAACAUGUCGGAUGAACAAGUUCACACAUUCGGCUGUGUUUAAUCUUUGCUAUGCUGUAGUAAAGGCUUCACACUGGGUUUUUUUCAAUAGAUCAGCCUCUGGUAUUAUAUAUAAUUUAUUCACACUGUUCCAAAUUGUCAGAAAAAAUAAUAAUAAUAAUAAUAAUAGCCCUCCGUUUUCUCGAUCUCCUUCUUGUUAUUAUUAUUAUUAUGAUAUCAUUAUAAUAAUAAGUAAUGUCAUUAUCAUUAGUAGGCAUAGUAUAGCAGCCUUGUAUAACCACCAUGGAGUUGUAGGCCUAAAGGCGUCAGCAUGCUUCAGUUCGGCUGGUGGCUAGGCGUACCGAACGAGUGUGCUCGCAAAAAAAGCGGAAAUAGUACUGUUUGUCCAUUUUGAAACGCCGUAGCCAGUAUAAACGUCCUCAAAAUGGUCAGAAUUAAUCCAAGAUACUUAAGAAAUCUGUCAUAAAUUGACGUUUUUGCCAAGGAGAUCUUAGUUGCACAAUUUUACAUCCUAAUUAAGAUGUUUGGUGCAGUAUUUCUAAAUGAAAUAAUUUGCAUGAAAAUGAACAGACUGAAGAAUCCCGACUGUUGACCAAUCACCGACAAAGGGGCAUAGACUUCGGCUACCGACUUCGGCUUGUGUCCGAACAACAAAGUCCAAAACAAACAAAAACGUCACAAAAUGUUGUCAUAAUAUAUGCACAAACUCUUCCGAACUGUUUCGUCCUGUUUAGUCUUAAAACCUUAACUUACUUAGGCCUAUAUUUCAAUACUUAUAUAGGCUACUGUAUCAAUCAAUCAUUCAUUCGUUCAUGUCAUCACACAGCAGACGAGUCAUUUGUGAUUUGAAAUGCAAUCAAGCAUUUUAGUUUAAAAAUAACAAUGCAAACCUUUAAUAAUUAGCGUAAACAAUAAAUAAACCGUUCCAUUUCGGAAAUUCCAUUCACAAAUGAAUCUUUGCUGUAAUAAAGGCUUUACAAAAAAACUUUACAACAGACUCUCUGGUACGCUUAUAAUUUCUUUAGUGUUGUUUACAUUGUUCCAAAUGGUCAGAAAAAUUAUAUUGUAAUCUAACAACACCGUUUUUGCACACAUAAUAUGCGUGCUCCUUACCUUAUUUUUCUUGAUCUCCAGUAUUUUCCACAACUAGUCAAAUUUAUUCCACACAUCUGACUUCCCCUUUACCUCCUGAGCAACCAGUAAACAUUCCCCGUUUCUAGUUUAUUUGUCACGUCCUCUGCAUUUAUUUUGCUGUCACAUGUGUUUGGAGUUUGUUAUAAUGUGAUUUAUUAAUGUGAUUAUAUGCUAUAAAUCAGGCCCUAUUGGUCACGUGCAUGUGAUGCAUACAUGUGUUACUUAAAGAGAGCAAAGGUUGAGGGAAUAGGGAAUGUUUUCCCUAAACAAAUUAGGGAUUUCGGUAACAGAACUUUUCAGUCAAAUGGCUGUAGUUAUGUUGCUGCUUCAGCAACACAGACAGCGCGAUAAACACUGUUGAUGUUCUGUGGUGGUCGCUGCAGCAGGGAGGAGAGACAGACAAUGGGUGCUAGUCACAGUAACUUGCUGUAAAGAGAAUAAUUACACAGCUCAGCAAUUCUGAGCCCGGCCCGGCACAAUCAAAUAAAUUGCGGUUGGACUCCCUCUAGUCAUUUGUGUGUCUUAAUUAUUUCAUCAAACAGUGCGCUUAAAGCAUCAGACAAGCUCCGUGCAUAUAGUUGAUUUGAUUAAAAUAAAAAGAAUGUGUCUAUACAGUGCAUUCGGAAAGUAUUCAGAUCUCUUGACUUUUUCCACAUUUUGUUACGUUAAAUCCAUUCUAAAAUGGAUUAAAUAAAUAAAAAUCUUCAUCAAUCUACACACACUACUCCAUUAUGACAAAGUGAAAACAGCUUUUUAGAAAUGUAUUUAAAAUGUAUAAAAAACAUAAAUACCUUAUCGAUCGAUAACUCUUCAGACCCUUUGCUAUGAGACUCGAAAUUAAGCUCAGGUGCAUCCUGUUUCCAUUGAUCAUCCUUUAGAUGUUUCUACAACUUGAUUGGAGUACCCCUGUGGUAAAUUCAAUUGAUUGGACAUUAUUUGGAAAGGCACAUACCUGUCUAUAUAAGGUCCCAAAGUUGACAGUGCAUGUCAGAGCAAAAACCAAGUCCUGAGGUCAAAGGAAUUGUCUGUAGAGCUCCGAGAAAGGAUUGUGUCGAGGUACAGAUCUGGGGAAGGGUACCAAAAAAUUGCUGCAGCAUUGAAAUUCCCCAAGAAUACAGUGACCUCCAUCAUUCUUCAAUGGAAGAAGUUUGGAACCAGCAAGACUCUUCCUAGAGCUGGCCACCUGGCCAAACUGAGCAAUCGAGGAAGAAGGGCCUUGGUCAGGGAGGUGACCAAGAACCCGAUGGUCACUCUGACAGAGCUCCAGAGUUCCUCUAUGAAGAUGGGAGAACCUUCCAGAAGGACAACAAUCUCUGCAGCACUCCACCAAUCAGGCCUUUAUGGUAGAGUGGCCAGACGGAAGCCACUCCUCAGUAAAAGUCACAUGACAGCCCGCUUGGAGUUUGCCAAAAGGCACCAAAAGGACUCUCAGACCAUGAGAAACAAGAUUCUCUGGUCUGGUCUUAUUGAUGCAAAGAUGCUGUUUGACGUCUGAGAAAGUCUGCUGCUCUCUGUCCUAUGUUUCACAGCUGAUUCGAUAUUUUCUUGUUCUAACCAUGGUCUCAAUUAUUUUUAACCUAUGCACAAGCAUGUACAGAUAGACACGUUCAAAGCUCUCCCUCGCCCUCCAUUUGGCAAAUCUGACCAUAAUUAUAUCCUCCUGAUUCCUGCUUACAAGCAAAAACUAUAGCAGGAAGCACUAGUGACUCGGUCAAUAAAAAAGUGGUCAGAUGAAGCAGAUGCUAAACUACAGGACUGUUUUUCUAGCACAGACUGGAAUAUAUUCCGGGAUUCUUCUGAUGGCAUUGAGGAGUACACCACAUCAGUCACUGGCUUCAUCAAUAAGUGCAUCGACGACGUCGUCCCCACAGUGACUGUACGUACAUACCCCAACCAGAAGCCAUGGAUUACAGGCGACAUCCGCACUGAGCUAAAGUUGUAGAGCUGCCGCUUUCAAGGAGCGGGACUGUAACCCGGAAGCUUGUAAGAAAUCCCGCUAUGCCCUCUGACGAACCAUCAAACAGAUCAAAUCGUACUACACCGGCUCCGACGCUCGUCGGAUGUAGCAGGGCUUGCAAACUAUUACAGACUACAAAGGGAAGCGCAGCCGCGAGCUGCCCAGUGACACAAGCCUACCAGACGAGCUAAAUUACUUCCAUGCUCGCUUCGUGGCAAGUAAUACUGAAACAUGCAUGAGUGCAUCAGCUGUUCCAGACGACUGUGUGAUCACGCUCUCCGUAGCCGAUGUGAGUAAGACCUUUAAACAGGUCAACAUUCACAAUGCCGCAGGGCCAGACAGAUUACCAGGACGUGUACUCCGAGCAUGCGCUGACCAAUUGGCAAGUGUCUUCACUGACAUUUUCAAGCUCUCCCUGACUGAGUCUGUAAUCCCAACAUGUUUCAAGCAGACCACCAUAGUCCCUGUGCCCAAGAACACUAAGGUAACCUGCCUAAAUGACUACCGACCCGUAGCACUCACGUCUGUAGCCAUGAAGUGCUUUGAAAGGCUGGUCAUGGCUCACAUCAACACCAUUAUCCCAGAAACCCUAGACCCACUUCAAUUUGCAUACCGCCCCAACAGAUCCACAGAUGAUGCAAUCUCUAUUUGCGCUCCACACUGCCCUUUCGCACCUGGACAAAAGGAACACCUAUGUGAGAAUGCUAUUUAUUGACUACAGCUCAGCGUUCAACACCAUAGUGGCCUCGAAGCUCAUCACUAAGCUAAUGACCCUGGGACUAAACAUCUCCCUCAAUAACCGGAUCCUGGACUUCCUGACGGUCCGCCCUCAGGUGGUAAGGGUAGGUAACAACACAUCUGCCAUGCUGAUCGUCAACACGGAGGCCCCUCAGGGGUGCGUGCUCAGUCCCCUCCUGUACUCCCUGUUCACUCAUGACUGCAUGGCCUUGCACGACUCCAACACCAUCAUUAAGUUUGCCAAUGACACAAGAGUGGUAGGCCUGAUCACCGACAACGACGAGACAGCUUAUAGGGAGGAGGUCAGAGACCUGGCCGUGUGGUGCCAGGACAACAACCUCUCCCUCAACGUGAUCAAGACAAAGGCGAUGAUUGUGGACUACAGGAAAAAGAAGAGGACUGAGCACGCCCCCAUUCUCAUCGACAGGGCUGUAGUGGAGCAGGUUGAGAGCUUAAAGUUCCUUGGUGUCCACAUCACCAACAAACUAACAUGGUCCAAGCACACCAAGGCAGUCGUGAAGAGGGCACGACAAAACCUAUUCCGAGACUGAAAAGAUUUGGCAUGGGUCCUCAGAUCCUCAAAAGGUUCUACAGCUGUACCAUCGAGAGCAUCCUGACUGGUUGGAUCACUGCCUGGUAUGCCAACUGCUGGGCUUCCGACCGCAAGGCACUACAGAGGGUAGUGCGUACGGCCCAGUACAUAACUGGGGCCAAGCUUCCUGCCAUCUAGGACCUCUAUACCAGGCGGUGUCAGAGGAAGGCCCUAGAAAUUGUCAAAGACCCUAGUCAUAGACUGUUCUUUCUGCUACCGCACGGCAAGCAGUACCAGAGCGCCAAGUCUAAGUCCAAGAGGCUUCUAUAAACAGCUUCUACUCCCAAGCCAUAAGACUCCUGAACAUCUAAUCAAAUUGGCUACCCAGACUAUUUGCAUUGCACCUCCCCCCUAUUUUGUUGCAUUACAACCUGUAAUUUAAAUGGAUUUUUAUUUGGAUUUCAUGUAAUGGACAUACACAAAAUCGACAGACCAAAAAAUAACUUGUUUCAAAAAAUUCUAACAAAUAACGGAAAAGUGGUGCGUGCAUAUGUAUUCACCCCCUUUGCUAUGAAGCCCCUGAAUAAGAGCUGGUGCAACCAAUUACCUUCAGAAGUCACAUAAUUAGUUAAAUAUAGUCCACCUGUGUGCAAUCUAAGUGUCACAUGAUCUGUCACAUGAUCUCAGUAUAUAUACACUUGUCCUGAAAGGCCCCAGAGUCUGCAACACCACUAAGCAACCAAGGAGCUCUCCAAACGUGCCAGGGACAAAGUUGUGGAGAAGUACAGAUCAGGGUUGGGUUAUAAAAAAAUAUCUGAAACUUUGAACAUCCCACGGAGCACAGUUAAAUCCAAACAUUCAAAGUGCCACAGCGGAGAUAGGAGUAUCUGUCCAUAGGACCACUUUAAGCCAUACACUACACAGAAAUUGCCUUUACGGAAGAGUGGCCAGAAAAAAGCCAUUGCUUAAAGAAAGAAAAUAAGCUAACGCGUUUGGUGUUCACCAAAAGGCAUGUGGGAGACUCCCCAAACAUAUGGAAGUAGGUACUCUAGUCAGAUGAGACUAAGAUUGACCUUUUUGGCCAUCAAUGAAAAUUAUUUGUCUGGUGCAAACCCAACACCUCUCAUCACCCCGAGAACACCAUCCCCACAGUGAAGCAUGGUGGUGGCAGCAUCAUGCUGUGGGGAUAUUUUUCAUCGGCAGGGACUGGGAAACUGGUCAGAAUUGAAGGAAUGAUGGAUGGCGCUACAUACAGGGACAUUUUUGAGGGAAACCUGUUUCAGUCUUCCAGAGAUUUGAGACUGGGACAGAGGUUCACCUUCCAGCGGGACAAUGACCCUAAGCAUACUGCUAAAGCAACACUCUAGUGGUUUAAGGGGAAACAUUUAAAUGUCUUGGAAUGGCCUAGUCAAAGCCCAGACCUCAAUCCAAUUGAGAAUCUUUGGUAUGACUUCAAGAUUGCCUUGAAGAAUGGGCAAAAGUCCCAGUGGCUAGAUGUGCCAAGCUUAUAGAGACAUACCCCAAGAGACUUGCAGCUGUAAUUGCUGCAAUAGGUGGCUCUACAAAGUAUUGACUUUGAGGGGGGUGAAUAGUUUUCCUGUUUUUUUUGUCUUAUUUCUUGUUUGUUUCACAAAAAAAAUUAUUUUGCAUCUUCAAAGUGGUAGCCAUGUUGUGUAAAUCAAAUGAUACAAACCCCCCAAAAAUCCAUUUUAAUUCCAGGUUGUAAGGCAACAAAAUAGGAAAUAUUCUAAGGUGGGUGAAUACUUUCGCAAGCCACUGUACAUGUACAUAUUACCUCAAUUACCUCGACUAACCGGUGCCCCCGCACAUUGACUCAGUACCUGUACCCCCUGUAUGUAGCCUCGCUAUUGUUAGUUUUACUUCUGCUCUUUAAUUAUUUGUUACUUUUAUUUUGUAUACUUUUUUUAUUGUAUAUUUUUUUGUGAUACGUUUUUGGGGGGUAUUCUUUCUUAAAACUGCAUUGUUGGUUAAGGGCUUGUAAGUAAGCAUGCACUGUAUUCGGUGCAUGUGACAAAUACUAUUUGAUUUGAUGUUGGCCGAUUAGGCCUGGCUUGCAGUCUGCGUUCCAAUUCAUCCCAAAGGUGUUCGAUGGGGUUGAGCUCAGGGCAGGCCAGUCAAGUUCUUCCACACCGAUCUUGACAAACCAUUUCUGUAUGAACAUCGCUUUGUGCACGGGGGCGUUGUCAUGCUGAAACAGGAAAGGGCCUUCCCCAAACUCUUGCCACAAAGUUGGAAGCACAGAAUCGUCUAUAAUGAAAUUGUGUCCUGUAGUGUUAAGAUUUCCCUUCACUAGAACUUAGGGGCCUAGCCUGAACCAUGAAAAACAGCCCCAGACCAUUAUUCCUCCUCCACCAAACUUUACAGUUGGCACUAUGCAUUGGGGCAGGUAGCGUUCUCAUGGCAUCCUCCAAACCCAGAUUUGUCCGUCGGACUGCCAGAUGGUGAAGUGUUAUUCAUCACUACAGGGAAUGCGUUUCCACUGCUCCAGAGUCCAAUGGCGGCGAGCUUUACACCAAUCCAGCCGGCACUUGGCAUUGCGCAUGGUGAGCUUAGACUUGUGUGCGGCUGCUCGGCCAUUUCAUGAAGCUCCCGACGAACAGUUCUUGUGCUGACGUUGCUUCCAGAGGCAAUUUAGAACUCGGUAUUGAGUGUUGCAACCGAGGACAGAUGAUUUUUACAUGUUACGCGCUUCAGCACUCGGCAGUCCAGUUCUGUGAGCUUGUGUGGCCUACCACUUCGCGGCUGAGCCGUUGUUGACAUUUCCAUUUCACAAUAACAGCACUUACAGUUGACUGGGGCAGCUCUAGCAGGGCAGAAAUUUGACGAACUGACUUGUUGGAAAGGUGGCAUCCUAUGACAGUGCCAAGUGUCACAUUCCACUUCCAAUGUUUGUCUAGGGAGAUUGCAUGGCUGCGCUCACAACGGGUAUGGCUGAAAUAGCGGAAUUCACUAAUUUGAAUGGGUGUCCACAUACUUUUGUGUAUAUAUAUUCCCUACAUAUUGCACUACUUCUCUGGUCAAAAGUAGCGAAUAGGGUCCCUUAUUUAUUUAUUUAUUUAUUUAUUUAUUUAUUUUUACGCACUCCUGGAUAUUUUUUUGGGGUUAUUUUAAAGUAAUAACUGUCCAGGGAAAAUGUAACUUUUAAAAGUUCAUAUUCUGUUAACCUAUACCCAAAUAAUGUUGUUGACUUGUCCUAUACUCGUAUUUGUUGCCAAAGGAAAAAAAACACUUAAAAAACCCCACCUCAAACUUGUAUUUUAAACAGACCGUUAAGAAAAUUAUUGCUAUUUCCAUGAUGUCAUUGGCGCAUUGGCCAAUUAGCAGUCUACUCGCAUGAAUAUUUUUAAAGGGAUACAGCGAGAUUUAUGUCAUUUUUCUGCUUACCAAGUCAGAUGAGCUCAUAUAAUCUUGUUUCUUAUGAUGAUCAGUCAAAUGAACACAUUUAUAAAAUAUAGAAUACUAUGUAUAGCUUUGUAAGACUAUAAAUAACCAACCACCCAACUUUGAAGUAGUUUGGUCUAUUUCCCUGCUACAGCUGGCUACUGUACCUGGAGACUUCCAGCAAUUGCGCUAAGCUAACGAUAUGGUAACUUCAAUUAUCUCCAAACUGCACACAGAGACAUACAAAUGGUAUCCAUGUGUUCAUCUGACUCUGGGUAAGAAGAAAAAAUGAAUCCCGGAAUCUUGCACUAUCCCUUUAAUGACCGGUAUACUCCCACACCAUUCUGUUGUUGGGGUAUGCCCAAACCAUUCAAACACAGAAAAGCUGCUUUUAACAUACUUAAUACAUUUUUUUAAAUGGAAGGAAAACUAUUUCACUCAUAUUGUACAGCAAUUAAUUAUAGGUAAUAUUUCAUAGAAAUCUGUAAACACUGGACAGUUACUUUAAAACUUUAUGCAAACAGGAAAUGAGGCGGGGUGACAGGCAAGUGGUAAAAACAGUGGGAAGGGUAGACACAGGGAUUAAACCCUGGUCACGAGUGGGGAGUUGGAUAUGUGAUGUGCCAGGGAGUGUUACCAUGGCUCUGCACGAUGCACCCCUAGAUUGUAAGUGGCAUCUCUCUCUCUCUCUCUCUACUCCUUAGUAUGAACCUGCGCGAGGUACUGAAGAAGUAUGGCAAAGACGUGGGCCUCCACAUCAAGGCGGUGCGCUCCUACAGCCAGCAGCUCUUCCUGGCCCUGAAGCUGCUGAAACGCUGCAACAUCCUGCAUGCCGAUAUCAAGCCUGACAACAUCUUGGUGCGUCUCCUCUAACCAACCAAAGCCCCCAGAGAGAGUCAAUAACACUAUUUCACUAAACACAGUGAGAGUGAACAUUUUACAAACAUUUAAUGGAAAAUACAUGUUUUAAAGCAAGUUUAGUUUAGAAAAUGUAAUUUAAGUGUCACUUCACAAUGAUACAAUAAUGCAAAAUACAGUUUUAUUUGUUUUUAAACACAUUGUGAACCACUCAAAUGUAGUUUUGAGACUAACAAACAAUCAUUAUCAAACAUGGUACAGGCGUAAGCUAUAAUUCAUUACAUCAUCUAUACACGUAUGCAUAAACAAAACAAAAAGUACAGAAGAUAAAAGGAUAAUGAAGCACUUAUAAAGAAACGUCUCCAUUGUGGGAUAAUGUGGCAGGCUUUGACGCAGGCAUUUACAUUAUUAUUACCUGAUCAAAUUUCACCCAAUUUAUUAUUUUAAUCUAGACCGUUAAUUAUAAUUUGGGCUGGACAACUGACUAAAAACAUCAUCCCUAAUGUUGUUGUAUAACCGACAGUAAAGCAAGACAUGAGCUUCUGUUUGAAUGGAUCCAUCGUUCCAAAAAGUACAUACACGUUUAUCUAAGGGAAUGUUUGUGUAUCGACAAGUCUCAAUGGGGAGAGGGGCCACUCCACAUCUAAAUUUAGCAAAAGAGCUUUGAUAUUGCUUGGAUAAAACUGUACGUACAUAGGCAAUAGGUGCGCAGUUUGUUACUUUCAGGUUUGUUUAUCAAGUUGGUACCACUUUAGUUCAUAGCUUUUUAAAAGUGCUGAUUCAAAAGCAUUUUGGGCAUUUCUAAAGUACACUCUCAUUAAUGUACGUUGAGAACAGAAUAGGUGGUAAAAUGCAACCCUGUUUCACUCCAAUGUCAACAGGUAACCAGUCAGUUAGGCAGCCAUUGACUCGUACACAACAUUUCACAUUAUCAUACAUGGAGAUGAGGCAUUUCAGGAUGCUACCAUUUAGACCAAUUGACUCCAGCUUGUCCCAUAGCAUAAAUUUGUCAAUGUGGUCAAAGGCUUUAGAGAAAUCUAUUAAAGAACAGUAAGUGGACGUGUUAGGGCGGCAGGUAGCUUAGUGGGUAAGAGCGUUGUGCCAGUAACCGAAAGGUCGCUGGUUCUAAUCCCCGAGCCGACUAGGUGAAAAAUCUGUCGAUGUGCCCUUAAGCAAGGCACUUAACCCUAAAUGCUCCUGUAAGUCGCUCUGGAUAAGAGCGUCUGCUAAAUGACUAAAAUGUAAAUGUAAAUGUGUUCCUUUUGAUUGUGGUAAAGUGGGUGAUGUGUUCCAGGCAACUUUGUUUCUUUCUGAACCCAUUUUGCUCAUCUGCUAUAUUGUUGUAUGUUUCCGAAAGAUCCAUAAUGCCGCCUUGUUGGCAUUAUGACCCGGUUGCGGAGAUACUGUUCGAUUUGAGCAGGGCACUCUGCCCUUACCCGUUUUACCCGGUCACGUGACCGGCCAUAGCCCUGUGCCCCUCGGUUUAGUCUAAUUGUGUGAACAAUGUGAUGUUUAAGGGGAGGGGGGGGGGGGGAUAAACACUGUUAACUGACAUAGAGAUGACCGUUGUACAAUGCCAAUGCUCUGACUCUAAAUUACAUACAGUACAUUAAAAUUGUAUCACUUACCUAAGAGUUUAGUUUACAGCAGGGUUGUCUCACUUGCUAACUAGCCAGUAAAUAACUAGAUGCUGACUAGUAUUUACUGACCUGUUGACUGUGGCAGGCAGCACUCCUUUUCCACAGUGACGUAAUAGUGAAAUAGGGUUAUUCACUUCUGCAUCUCAGUUCUUUUGAUAGCAAGUGGUUUGUCAUUGUGCUUGAACUCUACAAGAAAUUAAUUUGGUGGACGCGGAAUGCUGGGAGAUUUGGCGUCACAAUUGACCUUUUUAAACAUGUUGGCUGGAGUUUUAUAUAGGUCGAGUGGCAUAUCUUUUGAUUGGUUUGUUUUCAACAGGUCAACGAGUCGAAAACCAUCCUCAAGCUCUGUGACUUUGGUUCAGCGUCACACGUGGCGGAGAAUGGCAUCACGCCCUACUUGGUCAGCCGGUUCUACAGGGCGCCAGAGAUUAGUGAGCCUCUUCUCUUCUUCUCUUUUGUGUUCUUCUCCUCUGUUCUUUUUUCCUUUCCUCUCUUCUCUGGAUUGGUUUAGAAUGAAUCCUGUCAGCCGACUUUUUUUUAUCACCAACGCUUGACCUGGAGUGCUACUAUACUUGGUGUGCAGGCUUUUGCUCCAGCCCAGCACAAGCUACAUUCAACUAAUCACCUGCUCAUCAAGUCCUUGAUUAGUUGAAUUAGUGCGUCCAGUAGCUCUCCACAACCAGUUGGUGACCACUGCUGUAGGUCUUAACUUGUAGGGAAAAUGUAUAACUGUUGUGUUUAGUAGGUACCAAACGGAAGAAAACAGAUUAUUUAGAAUAUUUUUGAAAUGGUAUGCCCUUAUGAACACAUCCCUGAUCAAACAUACUCGUUUGUCAUAGUCCCCCUAAAGCCUGCAUUUUUCCUUGCAGUCAUCGGGAAGCCUUACGACUACGGGAUCGACAUGUGGUCCGUUGGCUGCACUCUGUAUGAGCUGUACACGGGCAAGAUACUUUUCCCAGGGAAAACCAACAACCACAUGAUUAAGCUGGCCAUGGACAUCAAGGGCAAGAUGCCCAACAAGGUGAGACCAACUGUACUGUAGGGUCCAUCCAGAAACACACCCUUCCCCUACUACUGGAAAUGUACAGAAGGAAAAACAAUUUAUUCAGAAGUGAUAUAAGAAUUCUGAAAUAUCAAUGAGGAAACUUGAAAUCUGAGUUUCUGGUUACUUCCUGGAUGGACUAAUUUGAAAUGGAAUUGACCCCUUCUGAUAUAUUUCUACCCCUCCACAGAUGAUCAGGAAAGGCGUGUUCAAGGACCAGCACUUUGACCAGAACCUCAACUUCCUGUACACAGAAGUAGACAAAGUUACCGAAAGGGUAGGUUGUUGUUAUUUUCUCUAAUAUUGUCUUAGAGUGGGAAUGUUUGAAUUAAAACCUCUCUGGUAUCCGUAUUAGUCGAUGUAUACUUACACUGAACAAAAAUAUAAAUGCAACAUGCAACAAUUUCAAAGAUUUUACUGAGUUACAGUUUAUAUAAGGAAAUCAGUCAAUUUAAAUACAUUCAUUAGGCCCUAAUCUAUUGAUUUCACAUGACUGGGCAAGGGCGCAGCCAUGGGUGGGCCCGUGGUCUGUGGUUGUGAGGCCAGUUGGACAUACUGCCAAAUUAUCUAAAACGACAUUGGAGAAGGCUUAUGGUAGAGAAAUGAACAUUAAAUUCUCUGGCAACAGCUCUGGUGGACAUUCUUGCAGUCAGCAUACCAAUCGCACGCUCCCUCAACUUGAGACAUCUGUUGCAUUGUGUCGUGUGACAAAACUGCACAUUUUAGAGUGCCGUUUUAUUGUCCAAAGCAUAAGGUGCACCUGUGUAAUGAUCAUGCUUCUUGAUAUGCCACACCUGUCAGGUGGAUGGAUUAUCUUGGCAAAGGAGAAAUGUUCACUAACAGGGAUAUAAACAAAUUUGUGCAAAUAAUUUGAGAGAAAUAAGCUUUUUGUGCGUAUGGAACAUUUCUGGGAUCUUUAUUUCAGCUCAUGAAACAUGGGACCAACACUGUACAUGUUGCCUUGAUAUUUUUGUUCAGUAUAUUUCCAUUUUGUGCAAAGUAAGCUAAGCCCAUUGUUCAUUCUCCUUUUCCUCCUAUUCCAAUCACCCCCUCCACAUCUCUAUGCCAACUUUCUCUCUACCAUCUUCUUUUUCCCCACUCCUUUCUUUUCUCUCGCCGUCUUAUAAAAUCAUUUGUUUUCCUCCCUGGUUCUUUCUCGACUCUGAUCCCUUUCACCCCGCCCCGCCCCACCCAACUCACACACUCCUAUCUGUUCCGCUUCUCAUCCUGACUCCUUCUCUUCUCUCUCUCUAUCGCAUGCCCUCAAUUUCUUUCCUGACUCCCCUCCCUUCACCCCCGUACCCCCCCUGUCCUUCUUCUGUCCCACCCAUUCACAGGAGAAGGUGACAGUGAUGAGCACCAUCAACCCCACCAAGGAGCUGCUGGCUGACAUGGUGGGCUGCCAGCGUCUCCCUGAGGACCAGCGCAAGAAGGUUGCCCAGCUCAAGGACCUGCUAGACCUGACCCUUAUGCUGGACCCGACCAAGAGGAUCAGCAUCAACCAGGCCCUGCAGCACCCCUACAUCCAGGAGAAGAUCUUCUGACCAUCUCUUACUGUACCACU